AUGGCGUCCAAGAGCGGCACCACCGACAGUAGCGCCGGCUACCUCUGCAGAACCGAUGGAUUCUAUCGAGCCUUCCUCGCCGCUUGUAAGGAAGGGCUCAAAGACAAGCACCGGGGACCAACUGUGGCCCAAUAUCUGGAUGCUCUAAUGACACUGCCUGGGUACAGCGAGAAUGAUCUGCCACAGGCGUGGCAGGCGUUUGCCACAGCGGAGCCCGAAAUCGCCUCGAUGCUUCGCCGCAGCGCAGCUGAAUUCCGUGUCUCUGUUGACGGAGACCUCAUCAAGUUCAGGCCUAUGAUGGACGAUAAGAAAAAGGCUACCUCGAAGUUUCUGAUCGUCUCCAACCCCGACUAUGUAAUGGGCACGGCCACAUUUCAGGACGUGUCUGGCGCUGUCAUCGUCUCCGAGAAGGCUGAAAAGGACAAGACAAAGAAGUCAAAAGGGAAUGAGAAAGUAGUCAGGAUGAAAGACGCUGAGUAA